CUUUGAAGCCUACUUAAUAAGAUUGAAGGGGUUUCAAACUUGCCAUACUUCUCUUCAUUCUGUACUUGUUUCUUGUUUGUUUCUGUUCUUCCCACCAGCUUCUUUCCCCUUCAUUCUGUGUGGUGUGCUCUCUUCUCCCCCUCGGGUAAUCAUUUUUUUUUCAACUCCUUGAUCCAUCUAAAUCCUUCAAGUUCUUACAGUUUCCUGGUUUUUUUGUGAACUAUGGAAAGUAAAUGCAAAACCCAUCCUCCCAAUGUUUUGUCUUCAUAUCUUACACCAAAUGAAGACAAAUUUCUACAGAAGAAUCCUCCUGUGAAAUCUGAACAGCAGCAACUUCCUUAUGCUAUCAGUUCAAACCAAAAGGCUUUGUGUUCCAAAAACAUGAAGAAGACGGCAAGUGCAGAAGAGGAAAUUGGAGUUUUCAGAGCUGAAAGGUACUAUGGCAUGAAAUUGGAAGAUGACAGCACAAGAGUUGUUGAGAAUUGUGGUAGCAACUGUGCAAAGAAGAAAGAACAACGACCUGAUGUGCAAUAUAGGAGACAAAAGAGCAGAUCAGGAACUUCAAGUGUGACUUCUGAAUCAAGUUGGAAUAGCCAAACUGCUUUAUUUCCAAGUUUUUUGAGAAAUUCAUCUCAAAACAUUCAAAACAAGACAAAAGGAAGAAGCCUGUUGGUCAACCUUACCUGCAACAGGUCUUGUUCUGAUAAAAAGUCUAUUCUUGUCCAUAGGAAUUUGCAAGGACAAAAAGGAUUGCAAGGGAAUGAUGUCAAAAAAGAAACUACUAGGAAUGAGCAAAAUCAUAUCAUCGUGGAUGGUAGAAUGAAGUUUCAAACAGCUACUAUGGUAAAACACAAACCAAAAAGUUCAAUUUCUGGUGUGACAACAAGAGAAGAGGAGUUGGUAUUUCCAAUUUCAAACUCUCAAUUGCAAAAUCUUGCAAAGAUUCAGGAUGAAGAUCCGAGAAAAUCCAUUGAAGUAUUUGGCUCAAACAAGUUGGAUAAGAAAGACUUGGUGGCUAAGAAUCUAGAGAAAAAAUUGUCUGUUCUAAAAUGGGAUGCCAUUCCAAAAGCCAAGGCCACUCAAACUGCUCCAAGAAGCGAUCAAAUGAUUGAAGAUGUAGGGAGCGAUGCAAGUUCCGAUCUGUUCGAGAUCGAAAACAUAUCUGGAAUUAAUGGAAAGCCAUUCACAAGACAUACUUCGGAAGUUAUAUCAAGCUCCGUGACAGCUUAUGAGCCAAGUGAAGCCAGUAUUGAAUGGAGUGCAGUCACCGCCAGUGCAGCUGAUUUCUCAUCUGUUGCAGACUAUGAUGAAAAGAAAGUCACAGCCAGGACUAAAACCACACAACUGGACAAGGAUUUGCAGAAAAGUCACCAUGGUGGACUAUUAGGCUGUAAAAGUCACAAGGCAGUUAGCAUAGCUGAAACUGCAUACAGAAAUAUUGAGAAGUUGAAUUCUGAUUCUAGACGUUUCCCAAGAUUGGACUCGACCAUGAUCGCUACUAAUGCAACAGGCUGAGCUCAGAUUAUUGUGGAAGAUUAUGAUUCCCUGUCAGGAUUACGUUUCUGCUUACACAAAACUGCCAUUAUCUCAGUGUUAAAUGGCACUAUUAUUUCUUUGAGUGUGCAGUAAAAUUGAAACAUGUGGAUGGAAGACUGGGAUUUGUCCAUCAAAUGAUGCUUCCUACUUUGCACCCUUUUAGUUUAUGCAUAAUGGAUAAUCACAUGAUCUAGCCUUUGAAAAUAAGACAAUCUUGAUUUGCAAA